AUGGAGCUCGCCACCGCGGCCGUCGUCUCCACAGCCUCCAUUCACCCCGGCCGCAGCCAUUUCUCAACCCCACGGGCAGCCUCCUGGCCUAGUUCCUCGUCGCCGUCCUCCUCCCGGUCCCUGUCCACCUCCGCCUCCAUCUCGCGGUCCCAGAGGCGACGACUCCCCGUCGCCUCGGCCGCCGUAGAGCUCCGCGAGGCCGCCGCGGGUGGUGGGGACUCCGUCCGCGUCAUCGAGACGCCGCAGCCCAACUCCAGUGUUAGCCCCGACUCUGCCCAAUUAACUGCCUCUCUGAUUGUAUAUGAGUUGGAGAGCCACGCAGUUCUGCAAUGUGGAACUUUGUCUCAGUUUGGUGCGAUGCUUAGUGCUAGAGUUAAGUUCAGCGUGGAGGUGCCUCCCUCGAUAUGCCAGGAGUGCUACCAAACAACUCUUCUCGAGUACUCAAAGCGUUUCAAGGUUCCUGGAUUUCGGCCUGGAAAGAUAGUUCCAGAAAAUGUACUUUUAAACUACGUUGGACCACAACAUGUACGGGCUGCUACAGUUGAAGCUAUCUUAAGACAUACACUUCCUCAAGCAUUGUCCUCGGUAGAAGAGAGGGCAUUAGAAGAUUCUGUGCGCAUUCUCACUAAGUUUGAUGAUAUGAACGAGGCUUUCUCCCUUGACCAUGUCUUUAGAUAUGAUGUUGCUGUGGAUGUUGUUCCUGAAGUCCGUUGGUUAUCUGAAGACAAAUAUAAGAACCUCAAAGUGGUUAUUGAAAUAGAUGAAAUUGUUGAUGCAGAAAAGGCAGCCGAGUUAGAGCUUAAGCGUCGUCGUAAAUCUCUAGGGCUGCUUCGAAUAGUACCUGACAGAGGCCUACAGGUAGGUGAUCUAGUUGUACUGGAUAUAUUGGCUGAAACUAUCACGACCGACGGCUCUAAAGGUGAAAAAAUUCCGUCAGCUGAGAGUACAGGGUUCCACUUGGACACAGAGGAAAAUACUAAUCUUGUUCCUGGAUUUCUGGGUUCGCUAAUUGGGAUUCGUCCUGGUGAGACUAGAACUUUUCCUAUUCAGUUCCCUGAGUCGUUUGAGCAGGAAACUCUACAAGGUGUCCGUGCCCAGUUUACUGUUGUCUGUAAAGAACUUUUCUUCAGAGAGUUGCCAGAAUUGGAUGAUUCGCUUGCCGCAAAGCUCCUUCCAGGAUGCAAUACCAUCGAUGAGGUUUCUAUUCUACCGCUGUACUAUUUGUUCCACUUGGUCAAAGAACGAAUUUUGGAAAGAUGCAAAGAAGUGGAGAAGACGGCUAUAGAACAAGCAACAGAUAAUGCAAUCCUCGACCAACUGGGAAAGUUGGUAGACGUUGAUGUUCCACGUUCCUUGUUUCAAGAACAAGGCCAACAGUUGUAUGGAGCGAAACUUCUCCAACUUCAGGCCGAAAGGAAGCUAGACAAAGACCAGCUAGCAUCCCUUUCAAGCGAGAAGUCGGUCCAGGAGUACCUAAAAGGUGAGAGGGAGAACAUUACUAGGAUCAUUAAGCAAAUGCUGGUUGUUGGUGAAAUAUUCAAGGCCGAAAAUUUGCAGUACUCGACAGACCAGCUCGUCAAGGAAGUCGAGAACUCUAUAGAAGAGUUCAAACGCUAUAAUCAAGACUACGAUGAGGGGAACAUCAAGCAGCAGGUUCAGGAUGUUCUGGAGGCUGCCAAGGUGCUGGAGUGGCUCAAGGAGAACUGCACGAUCGAGUACAUAAAAAAAUGA